GCAGCCCAGUGGCAGAAGAGGGCGAGGCUGAGAGAAAGGCUGAGCUGAAGGAGAGGGAGGCAGCCGGUCCUCCCCGAGAGCCUGCAAGAAUGCGGCAGGGGGCCGGGGGCAUGGGGAAGUACUAACUCCCCGAGGCCCUGUUCGGGGCUUGAGGACCUGGCCCGCGGGUGAAUUUCCUGCCAAGUGCAGCCACGAAGCAGAGGCGCCUGGAAAGCAGAGAGGGACGCUGGGGGUGCCCAUCCCCAGAGUAGGACCCACUGCGAACGCGGGAAGAAGAGAGGCGGGAGUCGUGAAAAGGAAAAACCUGUCUCCAGAUUGGCUCUGGAGCGUCGAAGAGACUGAGGCGCUCGGCGCCAUCGUCCUCAAUGCCUCUCUGAACAGCCUUUAGGAAGAGUGCGAGAGAAAGAGAGCGCGCGCCAGGGAGAGGAGAAAAGAAGAUGAGGAUUAUUUGCAGACAGAUAGUCUUGUUAUUUUCUGGAUUUUGGGGACUCGCCAUGGGAGCCUUUCCGAGCAGCGUGCAAAUAGGUGGUCUCUUCAUCCGAAACACAGAUCAGGAAUACACUGCUUUUCGAUUAGCAAUUUUUCUUCAUAACACCAGCCCCAAUGCGUCAGAAGCUCCUUUUAAUUUGGUACCUCAUGUGGACAACAUUGAGACAGCCAACAGUUUCGCUGUAACAAAUGCUUUCUGUUCCCAGUAUUCUAGAGGAGUAUUUGCCAUUUUUGGACUCUAUGAUAAGAGGUCAGUACAUACCUUGACCUCAUUCUGCAGCGCCUUACACAUCUCCCUCAUCACACCAAGUUUCCCUACUGAGGGGGAGAGCCAGUUUGUGCUGCAGCUAAGGCCUUCCUUACGAGGAGCACUCUUGAGUCUGCUGGAUCAUUAUGAAUGGAAUUGUUUUGUCUUCCUGUAUGACACAGACAGGGGAUACUCGAUACUUCAAGCUAUCAUGGAAAAAGCAGGACAAAAUGGUUGGCAUGUCAGCGCUAUAUGUGUGGAAAAUUUUAAUGAUGUCAGCUAUAGGCAACUUCUAGAAGAGCUUGAUAGAAGACAAGAGAAGAAAUUUGUAAUAGACUGUGAGAUAGAGAGGCUUCAAAACAUAUUAGAACAGAUUGUGAGUGUUGGAAAGCAUGUUAAAGGCUACCAUUAUAUCAUUGCAAACUUGGGAUUCAAGGAUAUUUCUCUUGAGAGAUUUAUACAUGGUGGAGCCAAUGUUACAGGAUUCCAGUUAGUAGAUUUUAAUACACCUAUGGUAACCAAAUUAAUGGAUCGCUGGAAGAAACUAGAUCAGAGAGAAUAUCCAGGAUCUGAGACACCUCCAAAGUAUACAUCUGCUCUGACUUAUGAUGGAGUCCUUGUGAUGGCUGAAACAUUCCGAAGUCUUAGGAGACAGAAAAUUGAUAUUUCCAGGAGAGGAAAUGCUGGGGAUUGUCUGGCAAAUCCUGCUGCUCCAUGGGGCCAGGGGAUUGACAUGGAGAGGACGCUCAAACAGGUUCAAAUUCAAGGGCUGACAGGGAAUGUUCAGUUUGACCACUAUGGACGUAGGGUCAAUUACACAAUGGAUGUGUUUGAGCUAAAGAGCACAGGACCUAGAAAGGUUGGGUACUGGAAUGAUAUGGAUAAAUUAGUCUUAAUUCAAGAUAUGCCCACUCUUGGCAAUGACACAGCAGCUGUUGAGAACAGAACAGUCGUUGUAACCACUAUUAUGGAAUCCCCAUAUGUUAUGUACAAGAAAAAUCAUGAAAUGUUUGAAGGAAAUGACAAGUAUGAAGGAUACUGUGUAGAUUUGGCAUCUGAAAUUGCAAAACAUAUUGGUAUCAAGUAUAAAAUUGCCAUUGUCCCUGAUGGAAAAUAUGGAGCAAGGGAUGCAGACACAAAAAUCUGGAAUGGGAUGGUAGGGGAACUUGUUUAUGGGAAAGCAGAGAUUGCUAUUGCCCCUCUGACAAUCACUUUGGUCCGAGAGGAGGUCAUUGACUUCUCUAAGCCCUUCAUGAGUUUGGGCAUAUCUAUUAUGAUCAAAAAGCCUCAGAAAUCUAAACCAGGAGUGUUUUCCUUCUUGGAUCCUCUGGCCUAUGAGAUUUGGAUGUGCAUAGUCUUUGCCUACAUUGGUGUCAGCGUGGUCUUGUUCCUAGUUAGUAGAUUUAGUCCAUAUGAGUGGCACACAGAAGAGCCAGAAGAUGGAAAGGAAGGACCCAGCGACCAGCCUCCCAAUGAGUUUGGCAUCUUUAACAGCCUCUGGUUUUCCCUGGGUGCUUUUAUGCAGCAAGGAUGUGACAUUUCACCCAGAUCCCUCUCAGGUCGAAUUGUUGGAGGUGUUUGGUGGUUCUUUACACUCAUCAUUAUAUCAUCUUAUACUGCUAACCUCGCUGCUUUCCUGACUGUUGAGAGAAUGGUCUCCCCCAUAGAAAGUGCGGAAGACCUGGCCAAACAAACAGAAAUUGCCUAUGGAACAUUGGAUUCAGGGUCAACAAAAGAAUUCUUCAGAAGAUCAAAAAUAGCAGUGUAUGAAAAGAUGUGGACCUACAUGCGAUCAGCAGAGCCAUCAGUGUUCACUAGGACUACAGCUGAGGGAGUAGCUCGUGUCCGAAAAUCCAAGGGCAAAUUUGCCUUUCUCCUGGAGUCCACUAUGAAUGAAUACAUUGAGCAGCGAAAGCCAUGUGACACAAUGAAAGUGGGAGGAAAUCUGGAUUCGAAAGGCUAUGGAGUAGCAACACCCAAGGGUUCUUCAUUAAGAAAUGCUGUUAACCUCGCAGUUUUAAAACUGAAUGAACAAGGCCUCUUGGACAAAUUGAAAAACAAAUGGUGGUACGACAAAGGAGAAUGUGGCAGCGGGGGAGGUGACUCCAAGGACAAGACGAGUGCCUUGAGCCUGAGCAACGUAGCAGGCGUCUUCUACAUUCUGGUUGGCGGCUUGGGCUUGGCAAUGCUGGUGGCUUUGAUAGAGUUCUGUUACAAGUCCAGGGCAGAAGCGAAGAGAAUGAAGCUGACCUUUUCUGAAGCCAUAAGAAACAAAGCCAGAUUAUCCAUCACUGGGAGUGUAGGUGAAAAUGGCCGCGUCUUGACACCCGACUGCCCAAAGGCUGUACACACUGGAACUGCAAUUAGACAAAGUUCGGGAUUGGCUGUCAUUGCAUCAGACCUACCAUGAAAACCAAAAAAAUAAUUGAGUGCCUUAAUUAAACUGUGUUGGUGACUGAUGGAAACGCAGCCCUGAGGGACACGCUAAGUGCAGGUCUUCGCAAACCAAUCCUUUGGCUGAGAGUGGGAAGUACGUCCUAAGGCGCCGAACAUCAGCAGCAGCAACAUGUGCAUGAGCUCAGCUCGGAAACCCAAACUCAGAUUUUAUAUCAGGAAAACUCAAAAUUUAGAAUUUUUUUCGGGGAGUGGGUGGGGGGAGCUGGGAUGGGUGUAUCAACAGCAACAGAUUUCACUUGAGUGGACCUUAAAACUUUAAAUCAGACAUGCGAGUUAGCACAUUAAACUGUGAAGUUCUUGCUCAGAAAGGCCUCAGUCUUCACUCCAAGGGAUAAAAUAGUUACAGAAGUCAAUGAAUAUGCUAACCUGUGUCUCCAGAACACCCGUAUAUUCAAUGGAAGACUAUCCAGCCAAGAAAACAAAAUCACUAAACUCUGAUAAGAAAAUAAUAAACAAACAUGUAAAUCCUGUGAAAAAAAUUUAAAGGAAGUAUUUACACUUACUUUGGAGAAAACAAAUACUGAAACAUGCUUGCUUUUUAACUGACGUAAAUUCGGUAGAGGACAACACAAUUCUUUUUUCUAACCAUCUUAGGGAACAAUACAUUGCAAUAAUUGAAAUAAAUGCCAUCACUGUAAGAAACUUUAGAGACUUUUUUAAAAUAAAAGUUGUUGGUCAUCUUCUUGUUUGCUGUAACCUUCACUCUGUCACAUGAGUCAGUGUCCACAGAUUACAUUUGUCUCACUACCAGGAACAAAAACAAAAUGAAGACAACAUUAACGUAAAAUCAUCAGUCCACAAUGUAGACUCAGAAGAGACUACGGGUCACUUAUGUUAUCUAUAUUAUUUGUAAUCUUGUUCUGUGUACAAAAUUGUGGUUUUUGUACCCACCAAAAAGAAUAAACAACAGACAUUCUUAAAAUAUUUACAGAGCUUAAAGUUUUUUCUUAUCAUUAUAAAAGUUAUUUGAGAAAUUGUAAGACUAUAGGUGGGAUUGUAGAAGUAAACUGUGGGCCAUAUUUAAAAAUGUAGCAAGCCCGUAUUAUUUUUGCAUAGUGAGCUACUCUUUUUAACAGAUCUUUGCUUCAUUAGCAGUUAAAUUGUCAAAGAUGGAGUGUUUAAAUUGGGGAAUGAAUCAUUGUCAUAACAGCAACAUACCCGGUAAUUAUGUACUGAAAUUUUACUUGCCUGUAUUUUGCUGCAUAAAAUAAUGUGUCUCUUGGGCUUCUCUCCCCAUUCCCAUUGUUCCAUUUAAAUCAUUUGAAGCCACUAAUAAUAUUUUGUGGUAGACAACAAGAAUUAGUCUGAAGAAUUAGUAUGAAGAAUUAGUCUUUGCUGGAAAUUAUACAUGUUUAUUUACAAAAAUCACCUUAGUUACGUAGGGAUUAAAUUAACUUGGUUCAAAAGGAGGUUUAGAUCAUUUGAAAUAAUAAGCACCAUAACACAGAUAAACAUCACAAUACUUAGAGAUCUGGGUAGAAAGCACAAGACAGGAUGAUUUUAGAAGUCUGGCCUUGAAGGAUGAGUUGAGUUUUCAUAGGUGGAGUUUUUGUAGGUGUUAAAAACCUUAUAGGUGAGCAGUGACCCAAAGUUUGGUUUGUCAGUGGAUUGUUUAAGGAGUAUAUGCAAUUGGAUGAGCUGGAGAGAAAUGGGUGUGAUAUCAUGGAAGAUAAAAUUGGAAAAGGUGAAAGACUGAUCACCUUGCUUCAACUCUCAAGAUUCUCAUCGCCCAUUCAAUUUCUGUACUGCAGUAAGAGCAAUCUUAAAAAGUGCAAAUCUGAUAGCUUACACACACACACACACAAACACACACACAGAGUUCCCUCAGGAAAAAUUGCAAGCUCUUGAGCAAAGCAAAUGAAUUACUUUAUAAUCUGGCCCUUACUUAUUUCUUCCAUGAAUUCUCUCCCCCCUACCCAACUUCUGCUGCCUAUAAAUGAACCUCAAAAGCAGGGACACUGCAUUUACUAUUUCCUCAAUCUAUAACACUUCCCUAUUUCCUCUUUACCUGACUAACUGGUACUCAUCCUUCAGUACUCAAAUCAUAUUUUACCUGCCCCAGGAAGAUUUCCAUGACUAUCUACCAGCCCCUGCCCAUGAGACUGAGUUAGGUGUCCUUUUGAUGUUUUGUCCCCAUCACAGCACUUACCAUACUGCAUUGUAAUUGCCUGUGUACUUGUCUGUUUAACUACUAGACUGUAAGCUCUUUGAGGGCAGGGACUGUCUAUCUUGUUCACAGUUGUAUCCCCAGCACCCAGCACAGUGCCUGGCAUA